GUGGUGUUUCACGCAAACUAUGUAAUCUAUGGAAUGCAGGAAUACAGCAAAAUGUAUUUGAUGUGGUGGCAGGGGCGGACUGACAACUCAUGGGGCCCCCGAGCAAUAGGGGAUUAUGGGGCCCCUGUGUCCUUGCCCAAACUCAAAAAUGCCUAUGAAAAAGGUACCAGGGGCAUCUCAUGGGGCCCCCUACUGACCCAGGGCCCUCGGGCAGUGCCCAAGUUUCCAAAUGGUCAGUCCGCCCCUGUGUGG